GUUUUCUCUCCAUUUGCUUAACAAAACAAACAUAGGAACUUGGAAUAUCCUGCCUCAUAGUUCAUGUUUAUAAGAACAGUCUGCGUUUUGCUUUUGUGGAGGCUUUUUGGAGGCAGUGCACUGAAUUCUCCAGCUGAAAUUGUUGACGCAUGUUACAGACCCCACUACUCCAACCAGAAUCCUCACGUGUGUAUGCUCCCUCAAGUCGGAAGGAUGGGUAGCAGACAAGUGGUGAAGACUGUCCUGAGCGUGGAGCAGUCAGAGGGAGUCGGUGCCCGAGUACGCAGGAGUAUCGGCAGACAUGAGCUUAGAAAUUUGGAUCCAUUUCUGAUGUUGGAUGAGUUCAAAGGUGGCAAACCUGGGGGCUUCCCAGACCACCCUCACCGAGGAUUUGAGACGGUAUCUUACCUGCUUGGUGGUGGCUCAAUGGCACAUGAAGAUUUUUGUGGACAUGUCGGCAGACUGGACCCAGGAGACUUGCAGUGGAUGACAGCAGGUCGUGGUAUUGUCCAUGCUGAGAUGCCUUGUACACAAGAGCCUGCACAUGGCUUACAACUCUGGGUCAAUCUGAGAAGUUCAGAGAAGAUGAUUCCUCCAGAAUACCAAGAACUGAAAAGUGCUGACAUUCCCAAGCCAUCUAAAGAUGGAGUAACUGCUACCGUCAUCUCUGGAGAGUCAAUGGGAGUCAAGUCAAAAGUUUACACAAGAACACCAACCCUGUACCUGGAUUUCAAAAUAGAAAAAGGAGCAAAGCAUAUCCAGGAGGUGCCUAAAGGGUGGACUGCAUUCAUCUAUACAUUGAGCGGUAUAAUAUGUGUGGGAGCGGAAGAUGCUCAGAAGAAGGUUGAAGCUCACCACACAGCAGUCCUAGAUGAUGGGGACCGUGUCAUCUUUGAGAACAAGGAUGAAGACCUGGCCCACUUUGUUUUGGUUGCCGGAGAGCCCAUUAAGGAGCCAGUUGUGCAGCAUGGUCCAUUUGUGAUGAACACAAAAGAGGAGAUUGCUCAGACAAUUGAAGAUUACAGCUUUUGUAAAAAUGGAUUUGAAAAGGCCAAAACUUGGAAGUCAAAGAUUGGAAAUAGAUAAGAACGGGCAGAUCCUAUCUGUCUAUACAGAGUACUGUGGCACUGGCUGUAGAGAGAUCAUACUAGGCAAUCCUGUCAUGGAUGAUUGGGAAUUAUUUUUCUAAUAAUAGCUUAUUUUGUGUGUAUUGUUGUUGAAUUUGCACUAGUAUAUAUCUGGGGUUUUUGAUAAAGAUGAUCAUCAUUGUCAAGGUCAUUCUUAAAUC